UACUAUAUARGUAGCAACUACUAGCAGGUUGUAGCCCGUAGAAACUAUCAAACGUGAAACGACUACGUAUGUUGAAUGUUGAUAUGUGCUAUUCAUACGCAUUGUUUUCGUCGCCAUCCAGAUGCCUUUGAUAAAUUACCUUUGAUCCAGCAAAGCACCAACACGAUGCCCCUAGGACAUGCAGUGGUCGUUUGGGAAUGGGAAAACCGGAAUGGUCGAUGGAAACCUCACAGCCCCGAAGUGGCACAAUUACUCGAAAGGGCUCAUUUCAAGAAGUUGACCCGGGUGAUACUGAGAGACGCCGACCCGAACAUGGAGUCCUCGUUUGUUAAUUUGCGUACGAUGUAUCAGUGCUCUGAAGAAAAUGAGGGUGCACUUUUGGCCGUACGCAGAUCUUACUAUCCUGCCAAUGCAUUGCCUGGUAAAGGAGCUAGAUGGGAAUGGGCUGGUGAUGUACCAGGAGAGUGGCAUACAUAUGACAUGGAAUCCCAAUGUUUCCUAGAAACGGCUUGGGCAAUGGGCUGUCAAAUUAUAGAUGUAAGCCGGACAUAUUUAGGUUUUCCGUAUACAAUUAAUUUUUGUAAUUUAACUCAAGUACGAAAUGACAGUGGAUAUAAACGUAAUAUUAGACGUGUAAAUCAAGCACCGUACCCACUAGUUAAAAUACAAUCAGAUGAAGUUAUUCAAUUUAAUGAUAGGGCAGUUGUAGACACCAUAAAAAAUUUAUCAUCAAAAAACGAAGCUAUUAGAAAAUCCAGUUCAGAAUAUAUAGAUACAAUAACUAAAAAACAACUCCAUUAUAAAAAAAACAAACAAGUAGUUAAUGAUAGCCAUCAUAGUGGAACUAAUAUAGCUCGCACUUUAUUAAGUAUUUUUGCUAAUAAAAAUCCUUCGUCACUAUCUAGGGAAGCACAAUGGCCAAUAGGAACCACUGCAACUAAAAGCUAUACUGAAUCAAUUAAAUCAGAUUCAUCCAUAAUUGAUUUAGACUCAAGUAGCAUUCGCAGUGGUAGACGUCCUAGUGUAGAUACUAUUUCAACUUAUUUAAGCCAUGACAGUCAUGAACUUCGCACAUCACGAUAUGAUCUCUUGGAUUAUUCUGGUGGCAGUAUUGGAAGUGAUGAUGCUUUUGAAUGUCAACAAAAAUCCGAAGAUUGCAGAAAUCAAUCAGUUGUUGGUAUGUUAUAGUUAUAAAAUAUUAUA